GUCCUCCUUCACUCUUCUCACGGCUUCCGUCGACCCGCCUCUACACUCUCACAAUGCCUCCACGGAUCCGUGUUUCCAGCGGCCGGCUUGCCCAGCCAGUCCGACGCCAAAGACUCUGCCAAUACGAAUUGGCCAUUGCAACCAGAUACGCCAGCACGGCGACGACACCGGCUGCCUCCAUUGAGCAAAUGAAACAUUCGCCCGUCCCGAUCACCCACUAUCCCUCCGUCCAGCCCCCGUCACACCGCAGACCCGAGUACCGCCGCUCGCAGCUCCUGCGGCAGUAUACCUCGAUGAUCCGCACGUCCCCUCUGAUGGUGUUCAUUCAACACGACAACCUGCAGUCGGUGGAGUGGACGGCGAUUCGACGAGAAUUGAACCAAGCGCUCCGCAAGGUCGACGAGAAGAUCGCGGAGGAGGGUCGCGAGGCGCCGGCCCUGGCGCCGCACAUCAAGGUGCAGAUCGUGCAGACGCGGAUUUUCGAGGUGGCGCUGCGCAUCGUGGAGUACUUCCGGCCCAACACCACGCAGGCGGCGGCAACCCCGGACGCGGUCGACCCGGUCACGCAGACGUCCGCCGAGAUCCCCUUGGAAGAGGCCCUGUACGCGCACGAUCUGUCGCGCGCGGCCCACGACGCCGUCUUGCCCCUCAAGGGCAAGCACGAGCUCGCGCCCCUCCUGGCCGGCCCCAUCGCCGUCCUCACCAUCCCCCAGGUCUCGCCGGAACACUUGAAGGCCGCCUUCACAAUCCUGGCCCCCAAGGUGGUCGGGCUCCCCGCCCCGACCCGCAAGGCCAACCCCGGCUGGCACGAGAUCCCCGUGCAGAACGGUCUGCAGAAGCUGUCGUUGAUUGCGGCCCGCGUCGACGGCCAGGUCCUGGAUGUCGAGCAGUCGAAAUGGGUCAGCAGUAUCGAGGGCGGUAUGGACGGCCUGCGGUCACAGCUUGUCAUGGCUCUCCAGAGCAUGGGCUCGAGCAUCACCAAUACUCUGGAGGGUGCUGGUAAGAGCUUGUACUUCACGCUGGAGAACCACAAGAGCGUUCUGGAAGAGGAGCAGAAGGGUCCUGAGGAGAAGAAGGACGAGUCCGCCUAGACAGGGCGGUGAUUGCCGUUUGUUUCGGUGGGGUUCGAUGAUGGUUUUUUCUGUCUGUGUAUAAUAACACCUUGUGUACUUUUCUUUGCCCUGUUUGUGCUCAACCCAUUUUAGCAUAUGAGAUCGAUUAGAGAUCGGAGUCUACUGCUCUAGGAUAC